GCUCAGGGCCUGACGUAGGGCUCGGUCCCUGACGUAGGGCUCGGUCCCAUGAGCCUGAGAUCAUGACCUGAGCCGAAAUCAAGUCAGACACUUAACCCACUGAGCCACCAGGUGCCCCCAGAUGUCCCCCUUUUUAAGGACACUAGUCACAUUGGAUUAGGAGCUACCUGAAUGAUCUCAUUUUAACUUGAUUACCUCCAUAAAGACCCUGUCUCCAAAUAAGAUCAUAUUCUGAAGGGUGGGGGUUAGCUGAGGGUUAGGACUCUAAAAUAUCUUUUUUGAGGAGGUGCAAAUUUAACCCAUAACAAAUUCAACCCAUAAAAUAGAUAAAGGCAACCUAUGGAGGGGCACCUUCAAACCUUUGGGCCUUCAAAUGCUGUGGCCCCACAUCACUGUCUACUUUUUGGGACACAAUAUACUGCCCUAGUGGACUGUGCCUCUUGUUUUUACUCUGCUCAGGUUUUAGGAUCUGUGGAGGGUCUUCUGUGUAAAUAGCUGGGGUCGUGCCAACCACAUUGAUAAAGGCUAUGGUCACAUGACCAAAUUUGGGUGCUCUUCCUUUUCUUGCCUGAUAUCUUCCCCACUGGUCUUCCUGUCUUGACAUGGUAUGGUGAGCGCCACUCAACUCAUCUUGAGACUGCACCUGGAUGGGACAGCUCAGAAAAUUGGAGCUAGACUUUGCUGUGAUGUGUCAAUGGAGACUUUUGGAAUCAAGGACAGCUUACUGAGGGGCAGGAUUGGCUGCUCCAGUUCACUAGCAUGUGUGCCCCAAGCCUGCUGCUAUGAAAAAAAAAAAAAAACCUGCUAUGAAGUGAAUAUUUGUGUCCUCUCCCAAUUUAAUUAUUGAAGCUGUAAUCACCAGUGUGAUGGUAUUUGGAGGUAGGGCCUUUGAAAGGUAAUCAUGGUUACAUCAGGUUAUAAGGGUGGGCCCUCAUGAUGGAAUUAAUGUCCUUAUUAAAAAGGAGAGGCACACAAUCUCUGUGUUCAAGUGCAUGUAGCAGGGAAAGGCCCAGGAGGACAUAAUGGAAGAUAGCCAUCUACAAACCAGGAAGGGCCCUCACCAGUCACCAAAUCUGCCAGAAUUUCAAGCCUCCAGAACUCUGACAAAACCCAUGCAAGGAAGAAGAUAGGGGAGUGAAACAUACAAAGUAUUGGGAGAAAAACCCACCAAUCUAGAAUUCUACACCCUGUGAAAUUUCCUCCAAAAGUGAGAAGAAAUGAAGACUUUCUCAGACAAACAGAAACUGAGGGAAUUUGUUGCCAGUAGAUCUGCCUUGCAAGAAACGUUAAAAGAAGUUGUUCAGAGAGAAAGAAAAUUAUAUAUUCAGAAACUUGGAUCUACAUAAAGGAAGAGCAUUGGAGAAUGAAUACGUGAAGGAAGCUAUGGCAAAAAAAGUGGUCGUAGUAAAAAAUGGAGGGAAAUGCUGAAGCUGCCCCCUGUCAGCCAGUGCAGCGAGCUUAGACAUUCCAUUGGCUCUGUGCCCAGCGUGGGGAGCCCAAUGUGGGGCUUGAACUCACAACCCUGAGAUCAAGAGUUGGAUGCUUGCUUAACUGACUGAGACACCCAGGCACCCUCUUUGACCAUUUUUUAAUUGGAUUGUUUAUCUUUUCAUUGUUGAAAUAAAAGGAUUAUAGCAGUCUUUGUGACAAGCAACCAAUAGGAAGACUUCUCUUCAGGGAAUUCUGUGAUACACAACAUGAUCUAAAAGGAUGCAUUGAAUUCCUGGAUGCAGUGUUACCUGCGGUCAGCUGGAGUCUGGAAGCAGAUGAUCCUCCUUCCAACAAAUGGGUACCCAGCCAGUUCUGGAUGUCAGAGAAUUCGAAACACCGUGAAGUCAGUGAAGAAGCUCCACUACUAUUUUUCUUUGUUCUCCUCUCUACCGUCAGGCGGAAUAUGAAGUGGCUGCGGAUGAGGACCGGAGAAACUGUGGACUGCAAAUCUUAGACAUGUUCUUCGGUGCCGAGUCAGCAGUCCAUUUACCAGAAAUACCUUCCUGUGUUUUGAGAGAAUGUCGUUUGAGACUGAAGCAGAACCCCGGCAAGGACGACUUUGAGGAAUGCACCAGAAUUAUCCAUAACUAUUUAAGUGGAGAACCAUUUGGAGAAUACCAAGAAAGCCCAUAUUUUUCUCGAUUUCUACAGUGGAAAUGGCUGGAAAGGCAACCAGUGACAAAGAACACAUUUAGGCAUUACAGAGUUCUUGGAAAAGGCGGAUUUGGUGAGGGAGACGAUCCCUGCUUCCCUGGGUGGUUGCGAGCAGCAGAGGAAUGUUCGUGUUCAGCUGAGAGUGCAGAGUCUGGCUCCCUCGCCUCUUCUCCCUUCUCUUUCUUCGACUUGGCAAUUCCACUUAGAAGAAUUUGUCUUAAGUUAACGGUUUGUGCCUGUCAAGUGCGAGCUACAGGAAAGAUGUAUGCGUGUAAGAAGCUAGAGAAAAAAAGAAUAAAGAAGAGGAAAGGUGAAGCCAUGGCUCUCAACGAAAAGAGAAUCCUAGAAAAAGUGCAUAGCAGAUUUGUAGUUAGUUUGUCCUACGCUUAUGAAACCAAAGAUUCCUUGUGCUUGGUGCUAACCAUUAUGAAUGGAGGGGACUUGAAGUUUCACAUCCACAACCUGGGCAACCCUGGCUUUGAUGAGCAGAGAGCUAUUUUCUAUGCUGCCGAGCUGUGCUGUGGCUUGGAGGAUUUACAGAGGGAAAGAAUUGUGUACAGAGACUUAAAGCCUGAGAAUAUUCUCCUCGAUGACCGUGGAGGAGGAGGUAGGACACAGACGUGCACAGAGGGAAGAGGCUGUGAAUACACGGGGCACAUCCGGAUCUCAGACCUGGGUUUAGCCACGGAGAUCCCGGAAGGGGGGACCAUCCGAGGAAGAGUGGGUACCGUCGGCUACAUGGCUCCUGAAGUUAUCAAUAAUGAACACUAUACAUUUAGUCCUGAUUGGUGGGGACUUGGCUGUCUGAUAUAUGAAAUGAUUGAGGGACAUUCUCCAUUCAGAAAAUUCAAAGAGAGAGUCAAGCGAGAGGAGGUGGACCAAAGAGUGAGGAAGGAUACCGAGCAGUAUUCGGAGAAGUUUUCGGAGGACGCCAAGUCUCUCUGCAAGAUGUUACUCACCAAGAAUCCCAAACAGCGGCUGGGCAGCAAGGCUGGAGUGGCAGAAGUGAAGGCUCAUCCCGUGUUCAAGGACAUUAAUUUCAAGAGGCUGGAAGCAAAUAUGUUAGAUCCGCCUUUCUGUCCUGAUCCGCAGGCCAUUUACUGUAAGGACGUCGUGGAUAUCGAGCAGUUCUCCACCGUGAGAGGAGUCCACCUGGACACCACAGAUGACACAUUCUACAGUCAGUUUGCUACGGGCUGUGUCUCCAUCCCCUGGCAGAACGAGAUGAUCGAAUCGGGUUGUUUUAAGGACAUCAAUGAAGAGGAGCCUGAAGAACACACGGUGUUGAAUAUAGAAGAGAAAACGUAUCACCCGGUUCCCAAACCGAAGAGAGGCUUCUUCUACAGACUCUUCAGGAGAGGGGGCUGCAUUAGCGGUGGCCCCAGCGAGAAGGAAGAGUUGCCCGCAAAUCUGUGACCACUCACUGCAGAGCCCGACCCAGCGCCGAGGAGCCCGUGCUCAGCGUUCCGUCCUGUCCCUGAGCCGCAAUAAACAUGUGACACAGCUUAACACGA